AUGCACCACACCAGCCAUGAUGGAGGCAUGGACUUCGUCACGCUUGGCAUGUUCAUCAUCGACGACAUCUACCCGCCCCCAACAUCCCCCACCCAGCAAGCGCAACUCAAUGUUAUAGGCGGCGCGGGAACCUACUCAGCCAUCGGCGCGCGUCUCUUCUCCCCACCGCCGAAGUCGAGAUCUGUCGGCUGGAUUGUCGACGCAGGCACAGACUUCCCACCCUCCCUCCUAACCGCAAUCCGUUCUUGGCAGACCGGCGCCUUGACCCGCUCUCGCGACGCCCCCACAACCAAAGGCUGGAACGGCUAUUCAGGCAACGAGUCUCGCGCUUUCCAGUACUUGACCGACAAGAAGCGUCUCACGGCUGAUGAUUUGACGCCAGAACUGCUGGCGAGUAGAAGCUUUCAUUUGAUCUGUAGUCCCGGCAGAUGUGUUGAUCAAGUCAAUGGAAUCUCAAGUCGGAGACGAAAGGAACUUGGGGAGGAUGCCCAAAGGCCGAUCUUCGUGUGGGAACCAGUCCCGGAUCUAUGUGUGCCUGAGGAACUGGAGAAUACGUAUGAGGCAUUGAAGUAUGUCCAUGUCGUGAGCCCGAACCACGAAGAAUUGGCAAAUCUGUUCGGCGUAAAGCAUGGCGAGGGUGUAGAUCGAAGUAUGGUUGAAGAGCACGCGACGAAGUUGGUUGAGAGGGGCAUUGGACCUGACGGUGAUGGCGUUGUUGUGGUGAGGGUUGGUGCUGAGGGAUGCUUGGUGCAGACGAGAACAGUAAAGCAGUGGCUGCCGGCUUAUCAUCUGGAUUCGAGCAAGGUAGUUGAUCCUACUGGUGGCGGAAACGGCUUCCUUGGUGGGCUGUCAGUGGGUCUGGUGCGGACGAAUAAGGAUGUAGUUGAGGCUGCGAAAUGGGGAAGUGUUGCGGCGAGCCUUUGUAUUGAGCAAGUCGGUAUGCCGAGUCUGACGAAGGCAUCGACUGAUGGCAAGUCAGAGAAGUGGAAUGGUGUCAGUGUGCCAGAAAGGCUAGAGGAGUUCCAAAGACGUACUGCAUGA